UCGCGUGGCGCAUGCGCAGAGCCGGGCCGGAGAGUUGUCGGCUGGGAAAUGGCGGCCGCGGGCUUGGUGGCUGUGGUAGCGGCUGCGGAGUACUCUGGCCCUGUGGCGUCCGGGGGAAACCUCUCCGGUGCGACCUGUGGGCCGAGCCCUGGGUUGGGCCCUGGUCCUGGCCCGGGCUCUUGGAGCCGCUCGGUCGACCGAGCCCUGGAAGAGGCGGCGGUCACCGGGGUGCUGAGCCUGAGCGGCCGGAAACUGAGGGAGUUUCCCCGGGGAGCGGCCAACCAUGACCUGACGGACACCACCCGGGCCGACCUGUCACGAAAUCGCCUCUCAGAAAUCCCUAUGGAAGCAUGUCACUUUGUUUCCCUGGAAAGUCUUAACCUAUACCAGAAUUGUAUUCGGUAUAUCCCAGAGGCUGUUCUAAACUUACAAGCUCUGACAUUCCUAAAUAUUAGUCGGAAUCAACUGUCAACAUUGCCAGUCCACUUGUGUAACUUACCACUGAAAGUCUUAAUCGCUAGCAAUAACAAAUUGGUCUCGCUUCCUGAAGAAAUUGGACAUCUCAGACAUUUGACAGAACUUGAUGUAAGCUGCAAUGAAAUUCAAACUGUGCCUUCCCAAAUUGGUAAUCUGGAAGCCUUGAGAGACUUCAAUGUAAGAAGAAAUCAUCUUCUACGCUUGCCUGAAGAGCUGGCAGAGGUGCCUUUGAUACGGCUCGACUUCUCGUGCAAUAAAAUCACAGUGAUCCCUGUUUGUUACCGGAACCUCCGGCACCUCCAGGUGAUCACCUUGGACAACAACCCGCUUCAGUCGCCUCCUGCACAGAUAUGUAUAAAAGGCAAAAUCCACAUAUUUAAAUACCUGAACAUACAAGCUUGUAAGAUUGCUCCAGAUCUGCCAGAUUAUGAACGGAGGCCCUUGGGAUUUGGAUCCUGCCAUGAAGAACUGUACUCAGGCCGUCCUUACGGAGCCCUGGAUUCAGGCUUCAAUAGUGUGGAUAGUGGUGAUAAGAGAUGGUCAGGGAAUGAGCCUACAGAUGAAUUUUCGGAUCUGCCUCUUCGAGUGGCAGAGAUUACCAAAGAGCAAAGACUGCGGAGAGAAAGCCAGUACCAGGAGAAUCGCAGCAGUGUGGCGGUCACAAAUGGUGGAGUGGAGCAUGAUCUGGAUCAGAUUGACUACAUUGACAGCUGUACUACAGAAGAAGAAGAAAACGACGUGAAACAACCCAAAAGCCUGGACACGAACAGUCUCAGCUCACAGUUUAUGGCAUAUAUUGAACAACGGAGAAUCUCACAUGAGGUUUCACCAGUAAAGCCAAUAGCCGUUAGAGAGUUUCAAAAAACAGAAGACAUGAAAAGAUACUCACAUCAAAACAGGGUUCCAGUUGAGCCAUCUUUGGUGUUAUCAAUGCCACCAAGUCACAAUCAGCUUUCACAUUCAGACUUGGAGCUUCAUCAGAGGAGAGAGCAGUCUAUUGAGUGCACUCGGAGAGAGGCACAGCUUGCUGCCCUGCAGUACGAGGAGGAGAAAAUAAGGACCAAGCAGAUUCAGAGAGAUGCUGUCCUAGACUUUGUCAAACAGAAAGCAUCACACAACCCACAGAGACAGCAGCCCCCUGGGAAUGGCGAGUGUUCCUUCCCAUCCAGAAGGUCCCAGCACACUGAUGACAGUGCCUUGCUAGUGUCACUGUCAGGGUUGGAUGGAGUGAGCUGCGUGGCUACCCGGCCUCAUUCUUCUGCCUUCACACCUCUCAAGAGCGAAAACAGAGUUGAUGUCACCUCAAGCUUUCCUAUGACAGAGACAGUCCAUCAUUCCCCUGCGUAUUCCUUUCCUGCUGCUACCCAGAGAAAUCAGCCCCAGCGCCCUGAAAGCUUCCUUUUCCGAGCUGCUGUCAGGGCAGAAGCUAAUAAAGGUCGUGCAUCCCCGCUUCUCCUGUCAUCUGCACCUGCAACUGAUCCUACAGAUGCUAUAACAAGACAGAGAGAAGAAGAGCUGAAAUUAAUAGAUCAGCUACGAAAACACAUUGAGUACCGGUUGAAAGUCUCUUUGCCCUGUGACCUUGGAGCAGCUCUAACUGACGGUGUUGUACUUUGCCACUUGGCCAAUCAUGUUCGGCCUCGAUCUGUCCCAAGCAUUCAUGUCCCAUCCCCAGCCGUGCCUAAAUUAACGAUGGCAAAGUGCAGGCGGAAUGUGGAGAACUUCCUGGAUGCUUGCAGAAAAAUCGGUGUACCCCAGGACAAUCUCUGUUCUCCUUCCGACAUCCUUCAGCUAAACCUCAGCCUUAAGAGAACUGUUGAAACGCUGCUCUCUCUUGGGGCACGUGCGGAAGAAUCCAGCUUUGUCUCUCUGUCUGUCCAGCUUCUGGGUUUUGUGGCAUUUUACUGUUCUUUAAUGUUAAUUCUCUGUGUGCUUUAUUACCGGGUCUUCACCUACAGCUGACCACGCAGCCAGCGCCGUCCAGCUCCUUCCUGUACUGGGUGAAGGUUUGUUUCUCAUGCAGAACUGCUGACACACGUGUGUUUCAGACCCUGACUUGAGAAAUUGCAAGUGCAUUGUCUCGCCUGUGUCCACAGGACAGUACAUCGGGUCGCAGCACUAGCGACAGCUAGCCGAGAGGAGUGUUCCCUCUAGUCCCUGGCUCCCCUCUUGCCCUGAGCCUUGUCUCUCACAUGGAAAGGUCACAGUGUUUUUAUUAAAGCAAUCCUGAGUCUUAGAGGACUCUGGCCAUCCUUUUAUACUGUGAAACAACUUCAGUUUUGAAGUAAAGACUAUCUGAGCCUUUCAGCAGCUGCUCAUCAUGAAAAUACUGGUAGCAUUUCUACUUUGGAGUACCUUAUCACUUAGGUCCCUGCCCUGAAGUCCUAACCUACCCUCAAUUUUAACAGUGUUUGGACAUUUAGAAGGCAUGGGACACUUAAAAUACCAAUUUUAGUUUGCUCUGGAUUUUUAGUUUAAAAAUACUGGAGAUUUCCCAGACUGCUCUUCUGAGCCCAGUGUAUCCAUUUUAGACGGUGCACACUAAGCGGCUGAACAGAGGCUGCAUCUGAGGAGAUCUGGCCAUGGUUACCAUGUGUGCUCCUGAAAACAGAUCCCCUGCUGGAGACCUGUUGGAAUGUGAUGUUUGGAAUUCAUAUCAUUUCUAACAUAUGUGACCCAUUUUUAAUAGGUGAAGUUUGUGUGUUGUAGGCUGUACAGUUGUAUCUGAGCCAUGCGUCCCAGAGAAGCUGCAGUCUGCUCUCAGAACACUUAGUAAAUAGUGUCUGGACUCAGGCCGGGAGCGACACUGCUGCAGUCAGAUGGCAGUCCUUACAGAUGCUGUCUCCAAACUCCAUGAACAAAGCUGGCCCUCAGCUUGGGGAUGACAGCAACACAGUACCCCACUGUAGUCCACUGGCCCUCAGCUCAGGAGGACAACAGCAACGCAGUACCCUGCUGUAGUCCACUGGCCCUCAGCUUGGGGGGUGACAGCCACACAGUGCUCGGCUGUAGUCCACUGACCAUCUGCUUACCCUCAUCUACUUCCAUCUGAAGAGAGCUGUCCUUUACUGUCCACCGCUCACGCUAUGCAGUGACAGACUGUAGUGCUAUCCAGCAGUGCCUCCCAGAGUGUCUGCAUGUGGGCUAGUUUAUUUAUAAGACAUCCUGGAUCUGUGAUUAUUGUCCAGUUCUGUAGAGUUUGAUCCUUUUAUACACACGCAGAGUCAGACUUAAAGCCAGGUGUGAUGAUACACACCUAUAAUCCCAGCAUUUAGGAUGCUGAAACAGGAUUACUUGGAGUUCAGCCUAGGCUACACAGCAGGACCUUGUCUUUAAAAGUACCAAAAAAAAAAAAAAAAACAACAACAACAAAAAAAAACAAACCCUCAGAGGCUACCUUGUGGUCUAGCCUGGCAGUGGUGGGUUCCUAGGAACCAUCCACCCACAAAGUUGAUGUGCAAGUGGAAGUGCCACCUCUGAGUGGUGUCUAGACCACUGUGCACAUGACCACUUGCUCAGGCGCAGGCCUGGGUGCUGGUGAGCAGACCAUAGGGACAGCCCGGGGAACGUGUCUCAUGCAGAGCAGACCGAAGAUUCCUCCUUUUGUUGUUACUGUUUGGGGUUUUGUUUGGUUGGUUUUUUUUGGUUUUUCAAGGCAGGGUUUCUCUGUGUAGCCCUGGCUGUCCUGGAACUCUCUCUGUAGACCAGGCUGGCCUAGAACUCAGGUAUCUGCCUGCCUCUACCUCCUGAGAACUGAGAUCAAAGGUGUGCACCACUACCACCCAGUGUAAAUUCAUCGAAAAUAAAGCUACUCUGUAGUUGCAGAGGUAUUCAAAACUGCUAGUCUUAUUAGCAAAUGAAAAGAUUGCUGUGACUUUAUCGAAAUCAGCAUUUAAUAAGAAUGUAAUUACAUCAACUACCAAUAACUGCCUUAAAAAAAUACUUGCUAUAAUUUUACUACAAUUCAUUUUGUAAUGUUUGAAGUGGUAGAGAGUGUGGUGGAGUGUUCCUGGAACCCUCACACCGAGGCCAGCCUGAGCCCUACAGCAAGACCAUUCUCAACUAAAAACAGAAAGUUUUUUUUUUCUUUUUGCCUUUUUUCUUCAGAGUAACCAAACCUGUACACUAGCACUCCACAUUCUUACCCAAAUGGUAGUCAUCUCUUGUGGGCCAGUUACUAAGCUUGGCCUUGAACUCACAGACCUAUCUGGCUCUACCUCCUCAGUCCUAGGGUCACACAGACUCAGCUAAAACACAAUUUCUUUUUUUCUUUCUUUUUUUUUUUUUCUUUUCUUUCUGAGACAGGGUUUCUCUGUGUAGCCCUGGCUGUCCUGGAACUCACUCUGUAGUCCAGGCUGGCCUCAGACUCAGAAAUCCACCUGCCUCUGCCUCCUUCCAAGUGCUGGGAUUAAAGGCAUGCGCCACCACCACCCGGCACAGUUUCUUUUUAAAUAUGACUUUUAACUCAUUUAGACUUAGGCCUCCCCUCCCCUCUCCUGCAGUCAGAGACAUUGACAAACCAUGCUGUGUUCCUGCUGCCUAAGUGUCCUUCCCAGAGUGUUCUCCAUGAAUCCUGUCUUCUACUUGAGCUGCACUGUAUCUUGGGCAGUUUGUACAUUUGUACCUGCUUUGUAAGUCUGGCUUUCUGCAGUGUUUUUUUCUGUUGUGUAAAUGUGUGUCCCCUGUUCUGCUUUUCUAAAUGUAUGGACUGUGAUUGUGUUAAUAAAGUGACCCCAGUGUGAGACACGCCUACGUCUGCCUCCUUCAGCAGGGUGGGUUUACCAGGGACUUUCCAUAACUCACUUGAUUAUUAUGGGGUGGGGGUGGAAGGACCUGUGUUCUUCAGUUCUGUGAUGUUCAUCCUGUUUUCUUUUUGUUUGUUUGUUUUAUGUCACAUUGUCCCCUUUCAGGAGCAAUUGUGCUUGCCUCUGCACAUUUUAGAAGAGAAAGGGUUGGGCCAGGUUGCAGUGACAGUCCAGGCCCUCCUGGAGCUUGCCCCACCCAAGCAGCCGCCACCGCAGCAGCCGCAGCAGCAGCAGCCACAGCUCUCUGCUGUCUGAGGACUCCCAGGGCCCUGCAUGUUGGCACCAUGAUGGCACAGCCAAAACAAGGAGCAGGAAGACUUGAUUGCUGGCACUGCCUGCUCAGGGCGAGCCCGGUGUGUUCCUAGAAGCACUGUCUUCAUGAUUCCUGCCAGGAAUAUUGUGUUCCUUUUCUCCAUUUUAGGGGAGAUUAAACCCGUUUCCACUAUUUUUCGUUUUUAAUGAAGACACAGUUUUUUUAAGUGGAACUUGGAUUACUGAAGACCUAUCAUGGAAGACUAAGCUGGCUGUGCUUUCUUCAUAGGGAGCAGGCUCGCUUUCCAUGCCAGAGCCAGUAUUUUCAUAGUUGGAUGGUAAGCUCUCUUAGAGGACAGACAUAUUAUCUCUGCCAGUUCCCAGGUGUCUACAGCUCAAUGGUUUCCACAACUGGACUUCAUUCUCUGGAGCAUUUGUGAAAUCCAGAUUUGCAUCAAAGGUUGGGAUGUGGCCGGAGAACCUGCAUUUCUACAGACAUUGUUUUUCUCAGGCAGUGGAGACCACUGUUUGAAGGCACACAGUUCUGUGGUUUGAGGGCACCACCCCUACUGCAUUUUCAACCACAUUUCAAUCAAAAGCUGUAUUAUGAUGACUUGGACUUUUCUGUCAAAGAGAGCAAAACCAUGGAGAAGCCCUAGGUUCUGCUCAGUAUAACAGGUAACUAAGGCCAGUACCCAGGCCCUUCCCCAGGCUUGCCCACCACCACCCCAUCUUUUUCUAGACAGUGGUUCCUUGCUCACCCUGCUGUUUCCUGAACAGACACACUCCACACACAGUUGUAAGCUCUGAAGUGUAGCAUGCACUGCCCAGCAAUGUUUGCAUUUGCCUUGGUGAACCCUGCGUUCUGAUCCCAGGCUCCUGGACCAGGCACAGCAGACUCGGCUCCUGCUCCUGGGACUGAACACAAAGCUGAGAGGACUGAAGGAAAGACGGUUCUUACAGUCCAUGCAGGUAACAGCCAGUUUCCAUAGCUACAAGAAAGCACCGAGAACAGCUUCCUGUCUUUCACCUGUCCCCUCCCUAAGACCCUCCACUGUGAGCAGAGAACAGAAGGUCCAAGGGCUCCAGCACAGCGGAGGAGCCUUCAUUUAAACACAGCACAGAGCCUUCUCUGCCCCAGAGUUUGGACUCUUUAGUUGUUGUAUCUUUGGUGUUUGCUGCAGUUAGAACCCAAAUACAGUAAUUACAUAAAGCUGUUUGUUCUAUAGGGUUUUCCCUAUAGUUGUUAACUUUUGUGGGUUUCUUCCCAAGGCUUGCAUUUCAGAAUAGUAUUACCCUGCACAGCACCUAAAAGUAACUUUAAGACUGGACCAGGGUUCCAUCCCCAGCAUCACCUGAAAAAAGGUUCAGAGAGACGCGUGGCCUGGGAUUCCCAACAUCCCAAAAGUGGAAGCUGGAGGAUCAGGAUUUGAAGCCCACACCAGGCGAUGCAAGCCACCGCCCACUGGGCUGUAUUAGACUUUGGCUGGAGAGCUGGCUCAGUAGGUAAGAGCACUUACUGCUCUGGCAGGUCAGGGUUCAGUUUCCAACACCCACAAGUCGGUUCACAACUGCUUGUAACCCCAAGGGUCCACUGCACUCUACUGGCUUCUGCAGGUACCAGGCACAUGCAUGGUCUACAUUUAUACAUGAAGGUAAAACACUCAUGAAUAAAAGUAAGUAUUAAAAAUAUAUAUUCUUCCUCUGAAAGUGACUUUGAACCAAAUCAUUUUGAAUAUCUAGUCAAAAUAAUAUUUCUCCUUGUUCGUGCAGAAAAGUAUUCAUUAGAACGCUGCCACUUUUAUUCAAGUUUCAAAGCAUGUAACAGCAGCCAGGCACGGUGGCUCAUGCCUGUAACUCAGGCGACUAGAGCUCUCGAGAAAAAGUAAGUCUAACCUAGAGCAUCGUAGUCCUCACAGAAGAGUAGAACCAGAGCUCAGAGCCUAGCCCGUUCACCAGCAGACCGCAGAGUGGCAGCCAGAGCUUGCCUAUGACCAGCUGUGCUGCUGGACCGCAGAUUUGCUUCCUCUAGGCAGCAUUAAACCUCAGCAUCAUUUCUAAAUUCCAUAUUUAAUUGUACAGAAAAUGGGCCCAGAAGACAUUACAUAAUACAACACUUGGAAUGGCUACAAGAGUUCCUAAAAGUUGACAUUACCGAGCAGGGUGGCACAUGCUUUUACUCCCAGCUUUUGAGUGACAGAGGAGACAGAUCUUAUUCACAUAUUGAGUUCCAGGACAGCCAGGGCUCCAUAGUGAGACCCUCCCUCAGAAAGAGGAGGAGGACAUUUUAACACUGCGGCUUUCCUGAGACCUUACUUAAUGCACUUACCAAACUAAUGCAACUCUGAAGGGUUAGGAUACAGUUGCGCAGUGUGAGUCAGCACACAGCAGGUCAGUGCUUCUGUUGGGCCCUGUGGCUUCUUACAGGUUUCCAAAUUGGAAAGGACAACUCAUUUGGAUAUUUAACCUUGCUAGACCCCAGCGGGAAAUAAAGAUAAAGUUAGCCAUGUCAUAGUCCCCUGACCAGCAAUGGCUACCUUGCCAAUGGUAAGGUAGAUGAGCCAAGUGUCUGCCUGGCUCUGCCCUGCCACCUGCAGAGAUGUUAUGUCAGCAGUCUGCAGGCUGCCAGGCACUCUGACCAGGAUUCCCCUGUAAUGAGCAGGUCUGAUGAACUUUCCAGAGGAACUUUCCUAUCUGCCUAGAACAGACUAGAAAAGGCAGAGCAGUGGGUGGCUUCCAAUCCAGCAGCUCUGUAAAUACAUCCUUGCAACUAAUGAAGGAGCCUGCUGUUUCUUUGCCUCUAGUCAGCAGUGACUAAUAAUGUGGUAUGCUGACGAGUCUGAUGGACUUUUAAGAACUAAGUACUUAGAUGGUUGUAGAAAUGAAGGAAAACUUGGUUAUUUAGAAGCCUUUUUCAUUGCAGUGAGAUGGUUUACAGCAGAUUUUAUUUCUGAAGUGUUAUAAACAUGUAAUUAAUAAGUUUUUGUAAACAUUGUCCUAUAUUUGUAUGUUUGUAAAUAUUUGUGUAAGUUCUAAGUAUAAAUAUGUCAGUACUGUGUAUGUUAUUUUAAAUUGCCUGUAUGUCAUCUUAUAUGUGGACAUUAAAAGCCAAUAUACUCCAGUAGCAUGUAAUAAACACUUUAAAUUGUUCCAGC